UUGUAAGGCUUAGAUGAUAGCUUCGAAGGGCAUACCGAAUCUCUCGAACGCAGCUCUUAACAUACUGAACGCACUCCAAGACAACUAACAUAGCAUACCAAGCCACCGCCCACCAUGACCGCACCCACCAAGAUCAAAGCCGUCUUCUUCGACUUCAUGGGCACCUGUCUCGACUGGCACAGCAGCGUCGUCCAGGCAAUGCCGGCCUCCAUCCCCGCGCCCGCCGCCUCGCAGCUCGCCCUCGACUGGCGCCGGCAAUACUUCCUCGAAAACGAGCAGCGCGUGCGCGACCACCUAGCGCCCGAGGACAUCGACCUGACCCUCCGCCGGGCGCUUGGUGUCGCUCUCGACCGCAGCAGCAGCAGCAGCCCGGACUACAAGGCCCACCUCGAAGAAUUAUCAGACCCGGACACGACAACCCAGUUAGUCCAAGCCUGGCACCGCCAGCCCGCGUGGCCCGAGGUGUCGACGGCGAUCCAGCGGCUCCGCGACGAACUUGGCCUCGAGGUCUUCGUGCACGCCAACGGCACCACGCGGCUCCAGCUGGAUCUGACGCGCUCGUCCGGGUUGCGCUUCGACAUGCUCUUCUCCAGCCAGUUGCUGGGGGUCUACAAGCCGCGGGCGGAGGCGUAUCGACGGGGAUUGGAGCUGGUGCAGCUGCGGCCCGAGGAGGUGGUGUUGGUCGCGGCGCAUGCGUAUGAUUUGAGGGGCGCGCAGAAGGUGGGCAUGCGGACGGUCUACGUGCAUCGGUGGACGGAUGAUGUGGAUGAGGAUAUGGAGAUGGUGAAGGGCGAGUUUGAUGCGUUUCUGGAAGGGAUGGAGGGGUUGCCGGCUGCUGUUGCGGGGUUGUAGGUUGGGUGGGGUGGGUUUAUGGUCGGUCGGUCGGUCGGUCUCCCGUAGUUGCUUAGUCCUUUCUUCUUGUGCAAUUGUGUUUAUUGGUGUCUAGUAUUGGAUUUCAUCUAUAUUAAAGCCAAUGCCUCUACUCAAAGACGAUCUCAAGGCUGAGAGCUCAGAUGAAAUUGUUGGUCAACGCAUCUCAUGGUCUGCUGACUUGCGCAUACUAGGAUGUUGACUGAUCGAAAUGCGACCGUGGAGUGGAUGACACACCCCCUCUCUACCUAGUAGCUAAUGGGCACGAAU